AUUCUUGGACAAAUUUCUGUUCAGAGGAAAUACAGAAUAUUAUCAAUAAAACGUAAUCUUUCCUUGUCAGUUUCUGAUGAGUUUGAUGGACGUGUGAUAAACGUGUGCUCAGUCAAAGUCAUUGAUCCCAGCAACAAGCAGCAGCUCCGCUCACACUCCUGGGGUCACCACUUUCCCAGAUUCAAACAGCGCUCUGUACGUCUUCCCCCUUCAGUGCUCCUGCCUCUCCCCUGAGAUCAAACCAUUAUCCUCAAGGCAAUAAUACCAUUCAGCGUUUUGCAUCCUCUAUUGUCUCAUUGGUCUCUUUGAUUGGUCAAGACUGUGAGAAACUCUAGGCAAAGCAAGACCCACACAUUCAUAUGUAGAUGUGGGGCUAUAUAAAGCAGGGCUGCAGCCAGCAAAUAUCAGAUUCUCUCUAAAGAGACCUCUACAGCACAGAGAUCCAACAAUGGCACCUACAAUCUCUGCAGCAAUAACCAACUCUCAGGAGCACCUGGCUCUGAACCACAAGCUCAGAAAGCCACUGGUGGAAAAGUUACGAAGAGAGCGAAUCAACAGCAGCAUCGAACAGCUCAAGUCUCUCCUGGGUCCAGAGUUCCUCAAACAGCAGCCCGACUCCAAGCUGGAGAAGGCAGACAUCCUGGAGAUGACAGUUUGCUUCCUGAAACGACUGCAGCAGCAUCCAGCUGUGGACUCAGUAGCUGUUGAUCAGGGCUACUCCAGAUGUGUUCAAGAGGUGGUGCAUUUCCUGUCCAAAGACGAUCUGAAGACACAGUCCCAAAAAAGACUGCUGAACCACUUCAACAAGCUGCGGUCUUCCUCUGAGAGACACCAGAAAGACAUUUCUCCUUUGAGCUCCACAGUCCAAGCUGCCAUUAAAAAAGAAAAGAGUUCAGGCAACAGCUCCCUCUGGAGGCCGUGGUAAAAAUUAAGAACUUUGCCAUGGAAUACAAAGUUUCUGUAUCUAUGCUCAGACAUAUGCUUCUCUUAUAUCUAAGAGUUAGUGCCUGUAUCACGGCUUUUAUUUGAGUUGCCUUUUGUAAAGGCCUAACCAUGUUCUUCUUCAAAAAGAAAUUCUAUUAUUUGGUCACAAAUACUUAACUUUAUAUUUCUGUGUUGUAAACAAUAUUAUUCUUAAUGUGAAUACCCAUUUAAUGAUGGCAGUGCUGACAACAAUGUUUGUGUGCAUGUUUUGUUCCAUUUUGGGAACAGUUUGGUUUUCAUGGUUAAACAUGUUUCAGAUUUAUAUGUGUUUUCCACAUUUUGUUCUGUUUGAUUUGGCCUCUUUGAUAAAAAAAAAUAAAUCUUAAUUUCAUGUUUUUCUGUUAAGCAGAUGAGAUUCCAGACAAAUGUGCUGCUUUAUAACUCAGUGAGUGACAGCACCCAUACCUUCAAUGAGGGAAUCAUUAUUUGUAAAAUGUCUUACAAUGAAUGUAUCUCUUUAAACCAAGUGAUGCGCAAUAAAACAAUCAGAAAAACA